UGUGGGCGGACCGACUUCCCCCACCCCUCCCCUCGCCCCUCACAGCAAAGCAGCAGCUCAUAGCAGCAGUUCAGCUCGGGGAAAGAUACGAGGAAAAAUGACGGCAGCUCCUACAGAGCCGCAGCCUACAACUAGCGGGCUGCAAAACCAGCCAAGGCUCGUUGAGAAAGAAGACGCACGAAGCGAAAUAUGGAGGUACUUCGCUUACCGUGCCGACGAAGAAGGAAACGCGGCGGACACAUCAAAGCCCGUGUGUAAAAGAUGCCAUAACGCCACACAUGCGAAAGGUUCCAACACAUCCAACUUGGCGAAACAUCUUGCGGACAACCAUCCCGAUUUGUACCAAGAAUUCAAAGAACGACAGGCUGGAGACCAGACGGGGGGAAGCGACGACAGCUGCGAGCCAUUAAAAUCAGCCGCCUACAAAAGCCUGAUCGUCGUUGCCACUCGUCGCCAGACCGACUCUUUCGGCAUUCCCGAUUCUCCAUGACUUCUCCCUGACCUGUACCGUUGCCUGAUAUCAAAGCUACACUUGCCAGCUGCCACCCGCCGUGCACGUGCGCUGCUGUGAUCUUCUGCGCGCACCUGUCAAUAAACC